AUGACUCUAUCAGUCCCGUUUAGGUUCAAUAAGACAUCGCUCCCUUGUCUGGCGAACGAGCUUUUGGACGAGAUAACACGCUAUCUACCUCGGAGAGACCAGCACGCUCUUCUAUGCACUGGAUGGGCUUUGCACGAUGUUGUUUCCAGGCAGUUAUAUCGCGACGUCUCUGUGUACGACUCUAGUGCGAAACGUUUCUUCAAGACGAUCAUAGAGUCGACCGAAAGCUAUGGAACUUACACCAAGGAGCUUCAAUACACUGUAUCGACCAACAACGACGUGAGCAUCACACACGCGUUACUGCGUCGAGCGGUACCAUUUCUCGCGAACGUUGAAUCAUUGACGAUGAUCAUGCGAACUCAACUAUCACCUUUUCUGAAAUAUAUGCUCAGAUAUUCAGUACAUCCCAUCCAGUCUACUUACGCCGACGCUAUCCGCCUGGACGAUAAAAGGCUUCGCGUCGUCGAUAGUCCAAUAACCUUCUGUAAUUUCCCGAAAUUGAAGAAGUUCAACCUUCACGGAGAUAUCAAAGUUAUCAGAUUCAUUAGUAUAAAGAGCGUGCUCGUCAAAAUAUGUUUAACAGAAGCGAUGGAUGACGACAGCUUCACGUUCUUCCUCAAUGAAAUGGCACCUACCGGGACUCCUAACACUUCGUUGUCUAUACUGUGUAUUACACUUCAGUUUGUGGAAUCGUACUCGCGUAUCGGGACAUCGCUUUACCGUCUGGGGAAUGCCUUCCCAAACAUCAAAUCUCUAACUGUACGGAGUCCGAAGCUUGAUGCAUUGGAAGCGUCGUUGAUGCUGACACUAGACCCUCCUCUAUUUCGAGAGGCGCGUCUCCUGCAGUUUAACGACUGGACUAUCACGACACCAGUAAUUAUUCCAGUUGGUUCCGGACCCGAUCAUCUUAAGGUUCAGGGUAUACAUAUUACCAAAGCAGCAGAGAGCCGGAGAAACUUGGUGUCGGUCAAUUUUGGGAUGAUAAAAUGGGCCAAGUCUGUUUACUCUGGCGGAUGGGAGCAGACUAACAAAAUUUGCGUUGACUCUGGUGAUGACGAUGAGCUGUACCCCGACUUCGAUAAAGACAGUUCGUUAUUUUGGGAUGUUUUGUACAUUAACCCAGAACCUUUACAUGAACCACUGACCGAAUGUUUCUUUGCUACCGUUUUCCGAUACUAUUCCAGUGUCACCGACAAGCACGUCACUGACGUCACGACCGGUACUGUGGAUCUCUCUCGGUCUAACUGGUAA